AUGGAGACUGUCUACCGCGAUGACAUCAAGUGUCUUGACGAGACUGUCCAACCCCACUUGGCGGAUGCUAGCCUUUGGCUGGCACUACAGGGGGAGACGCUGCUGGCGCCGCCCGGGCUCAGCAAAUCCGACUCCACCGUGACCAUUUUCGACUGGGACGACACGAUCCUUUGCACUUCUCUUUUGUCCACGCUUGGCUUUCCGACGGAAGUUCCCGGGGACGUCAAGUCCGUCAUGAAGGAGAUCGAAGACCAGGCCUGCAGCCUCCUCACAGAGGCCUUGGCCCUCGGGCCUACUUACAUCGUCACCAAUGCGGUCAGUGGCUGGGUGCAAGACAGUGCAGCCCAGCACUUGCCGGGGUUGCUUCCACUGCUGAGCAGGGUCACAGUUAUCUCAGCACGCAGUGCCUAUGCAUAUCUGUAUCCUGAUGAGCCAAGCCUCUGGAAGACCUGCACCUUUUACAACCUCGUGAAGGGCACCACCCUCCACGAGUUCCGCGAUGUGAUCGUCGUUGGAGACAGCCUCUACGAGAUUUGCGCCGGGCAACUCCUGGGGAAUUUGUUCCCAGACCUUUGCGUGAAGCUCGUGAAGCUGCAGGAGAACCCAUCUCCUGAGACUAUUUCCCAACAACUUGGCUCUUUGAUGCUCUGUUACAAGCUCGUGGCAAGCAAUCCCAGCAGUCUUUACUGGAGGCUCGAUGAAGGCUCCGGGCAAGAGCUGCAGCUCUGA